CACAGCCCUAAAUCCAGGCCCAAACCAAGACGUAGUUCUGCUUCUCAGUUCUCUCGAAUCAAUCCGGAAUCCCAAACCCCUAAUCCCUAAUCAAUCGCAAGUUCGAAUCCCUAAUUUCAACCUGUUCUUCCUCAACGUGCGUCGUGAGCGAGUUAAGGUUAAGGUCCCUUUGGGAAAAAAGGGUUUAUUGUGUUCUGCUGACACAUUGAACUAUUGAAGCAGGGAAAGACAAAGCGAUUAUGGACGGUUCACGACGGCUACUAGGACAGUCUGUAGGGGUUUUCAAUGAAGGGAUUUGUUUAGUUUUAUCUCGCUGGUCGGCUCUUCGAUCGGCUGUUGAGAAUGAAUGGGGCGGCCGUGAGUCCCGCCUUAAAGCCGAUCAACUUGCCGGUGACAUUCUUACCUGGUUCACUCAAUCCAAAGAGCCACUUUAUAUUGAUGACUUAGAAGACAUACUGGAUCAAGGUAUGCUUUCUCUCAAUGUAGAGGUCGAGGAUGGCAGCGUUGAAGAGGUAGCUGAAAAACUAAUGGUUAUGCAUGAAGAAUUCUUAGAAGGUAAUUUUAGUUCUUUUGAAGAUCUCAGGAAAGCCAAUCUUGAGCAAGCUACUCUUCCUCAUGUAACACAGAUUGUAAACGAAGACGAUUCAGAUGAAGAUGGUGAUCAUGAUGAAAAAAUGAUUGUGGAUGAUAAUUCUUCAAACAUGAAUCCGGAGAUUUCAACAUCUGAUUCAAACAUGAAUUCAGUGAACAGGCCAGUAAAUGAGCCUCUACCAAAGGUUUCAGGCAAAGCAGAUGAUGGAUGGGUUGUAGUUUCAAACAAAAGAAAUAAGGGAAGAAAAAAUUAGAUAAAAAGUAUUUAAUUUUUUUAAGGAUGUGUAGUCCUCGUUCAUUUGCUUGUGCUUUUUGAGGUAUUGCAAACCUUCUUGAGGUGUGUAACUAUAUAUCUCGGAUUUUUUUGUUUUACUUAUUUUAAUGUCUCCUCCGUCUGAGGUCUUUAGAAAAAAAUGGAUGAGCAUAUGUUGUAGGAAAUCCUACAUUAUUUUUUGGUCUGUCUAUGAAACAUUUUAUGUUUGUAGUUUAUGCUACCGAAAGUUGUGUCUUAUCUUGCAUUGAA